AUGACCGACCAGCCCAUUACGUUUCAGGUGGUGGCCGAGUCUCUACUCAAGGACAUGUUGGAGAACAUUGUUCGCCAGCACACGUUGGUCAACAUCGCCAACCGCAUCUCGAUCCAGAAGACGGUGGGCAGCGCCAACGGCAGUUCGUUUUCAAACACACUGGUGGGGUCCAACAGGGAUAUCUUUGGUCAGGACAAGCAGAAAUUGAAGAGUACGGAGACUGCUCGAUACUUCCAGUGUGAAAACUGCAGCCGUAAGAUCGCAGGCGCUCGGUUUGCCCAGCACAUCAGCAAGUGCUUGGAACGGAGGAAAAGGUAG